GUGUCAACUGUAUUCUGCACUGUCUGGGCCAUGCUCACAACCUUUUCACUCACCAUGGCACACAUCCUGUUGGUGAUGUGACAAAAAAAUCUUUAACGUUUGAAUCUUUAACAAAAGUUUAAGAUUCUGCCUCAAACUGUUGCCUCAAAUGCUCUCUCCUUAUUCAAAUUAUAAUGCUUUACAAAUAUUCACCCUAAAUGACCUUCUGGAAAUUUUCAUUUUCUCUGGAGAGGAUUUGAAUUUAUCUAGAUAAUGGGAUCAAGUGAAUUCAGUCAACGAGAACUGAUUUUUUCUGAUUCUCAUGUUGUUGCAUCACCCCACAGCAUCAAGCUUGCAAAACAUAUUAAACAAAAAUGAAGAGAAAGUUAAUAAUCUAUGAAAUCAACAAGCUAUUUUUUACUGAAUGUAUAAUAUAAUUUUGAUCAGUUUUUCCUUAGAUGAUUGUACAUAGUUUAUAGUUUGCUUUUGUUAUAUAGCCCAUCCCAUUCCCACCUCGUCAUGUGUUUAUGUGAAUGUCUCAUUCUCCUUCCUACAGUAGGCUUCUUACAGUCACAUAUUAUAUAGAUUCAAAUGUCAAGAAAUCAUACAAAAAAAUCUUAAUUUCUGGUAAAACUACAGUCAUGCCUAACCCGUUACAGGACCAAGUGUCAGCUAACAAAAAACGACCAGCAGCAAGUGGUCUGGAGUGUAUUGGCCCUCUUGUGAGUUCUGUGGAGGAGACCCCAGACCCCAUCAAUACAGUCAUCAAAGGAGAAAUUCCACCCUGGAUCAAUGGCAGCUUCCUAAGAAAUGGGCCUGGGAAAUUUGAGUUUGGUGAAAGCAAAUUCAUCCACUGGUUUGACGGCAUGGCCUUGAUGCAUCGCUUUCACAUAAAAGAUGGUCAGGUGACCUACAGCAGUCAAUUCUUGCACAGUGAAUCUUACGAACAAAACUUGGAGAAGAAUCGAAUUGUGGUGUCUGAGUUUGGCACACUGGCGACGCCUGACCCAUGCAAGAACGUCCUUGCUCGGUUCUUCUCACGUUUUCAGAUUCCAAAGGCGACUGAUAAUGCAGGAGUGAACUUUGUCAAGUACAAAGGAGAUUUUUAUGUAAGCACAGAGACCAACUUCAUGCGCAGAAUUGACCCUGUGACCCUGGAAACCAAAGAAAAGGUUGAUUGGUCAAAAUUCAUUGCAAUUAAUGCAGCGACAGCUCAUCCACACUAUGACCGUGAAGGAGCAACUUAUAACAUAGGAAACUCAUAUGGUCGAAGAGGCUUUUACUAUCAUAUCAUCAGAGUUCCCCCAGGUGAGGAACAGAAUGAUGAAGCUGAUCUGUCUGGUGCUGAGAUCCUCUGCUCCAUUCCUGCAUCUGACCACAGGAAACCAUCUUACUACCACAGUUUUGCUAUGUCUGAGAAUUAUAUAGUCUUCAUUGAACAGCCAAUCAAACUGGAACUGCUAAAAUUCAUGCUGUAUAGAGUUGCUGGAAAGAGUUUCCAUAAAGUCAUGUCCUGGAACCCAGAACUAGAGACCAUCUUCCAUGUGGCGAACCGACACACCGGCCAGCUCCUCAAGACAAAAUACUACAGCAGCGCCAUGUUCACCCUCCACCAGAUUAAUGCAUACGAGGAUAAUGGCUUCUUGAUUUUGGACAUGUGCUGUGGAGAUGAUGGCAGCGUGAUUGGUGACUUCACAAUGGAAAACGUUGGGCAAGCAUCUGGGGAGAAACUUGAUAAGUUCUUCAAUUCUAUGUGUACAAACUUACCACGCCGCUACGUGCUGCCUCUGGAUGUAAAGGAAAAUGACUCUGAUGACCAGAACCUCAUCAAUUUACAGAACACAACUGCAACUGCUGUUAAGACUGAAACUGGGGUGUUCCUCACUCAUGAGGACCUCUACAAUGAUGACCUGUUGCAGUAUGGCGGUCUCGAAUUCCCACAGAUAAACUACAGCCAAUACAACGGUCGUCCUUAUCGGUACUUCUACGCCUGUGGCUUUGGACAUGUAUUUGGAGACUCUCUGCUUAAAAUGGAUCUAGAUGGAAAAAAGCUAAAGGCGUGGCGCCAUCCUGGCUUGUUCCCAUCAGAGCCAGUGUUUGUUUCAGCACCUGAUGCUAAGGAUGAGGAUGAUGGUGUAGUUAUGUCUGUGAUCAUUACACCAAGAGAAAAGAAGAGCAGUUUCCUCCUUGUCCUUGAUGCUAAGACCUUCAGAGAGCUAGGACGAGCAGAAGUUCCUGUGGACAUUCCAUAUGGCACACAUGGACUCUACAAUGAGAUGCGCUAAACAAAGAAUUUAUCAACAUGAGGGAGAAAAUGCACAUAUAUAUCAUAUAACAGUAUACAAUAUUCAGAUGUACUCCUGCUGUUUUCCUCUAGACACCUAUGCAGAGUAAAAACUGAAACAAACGUUUAAAAAAACAAAAUCUUAGCUCUUUUACAGACCAAAAGUAAAACAUUCAAAUUAUUAGAAGGGUUACUAAUAGAGUACUAUCAUCUUUUUUGUAUAAUACUGUAUGUAUUUAGUAAUAUUGGGUUUUGCAGACUGUAUCUGUAUAUUCCAUAUACAUUACCCUAACUCUUACAUAUUUGGUAUUUAAAAAAUAUGCUUUUGAAAAAAAAUGUGAUUCGUAUUAAACACGUUACAUUUAAAUAUGUACAAAAUUGCAACAAUAUUUCAUGAGCUUACUUGUUACAUGACCAAGCUAUAUUUUGCUCUAAUAAGGAGGCUAAAGACCACGCUCUCUAGGAAUGUCGCUAGACUACCUCUUGAGGUGGGGGAGUCAGGUUUACACAAUGCACAGCUCUUCACUAGCUGGCCUCCGUUACAACAGCAACCAAAGUCAUUACACCACAGGCUACCCCUGCCCUCCCACCUCCAGACAUCUGUUUAGAAGACCCUCUCAUACAUCUGACUUUUUUAUCAACUUAAUCAAGCUUUACCAGUCGCCAUUCUUACUUUCUCAAAGUCUUACCCAGGACUUACUACUACAGACAAUGGGGCUACAGUGUUUGUCGUGCUUUCUGACUGAUGGUGGUAUUGUAACGGAAGGGAGGUGGACUGGACACUGUAAAUAUCUGACAGGCUUCACAAAUGGCAGCACAAUGUUGACUGAACUGAGGUGGACAGCUGUAUUAGCCCAGUGAUAAAGGGUUAAGGGUGGGUCAGGGUUCCAAAGGUCGAAAAAGACAAACUAAUUUACCACACUAUAGC